AAGAUUUGGCGCGCAAAUCCCCAGCUCUUGUCUGAUCAGCUGGGACAACAAUAACAAUAACAAGAACAAGUUGUAGAUGGGGCGACGGGGGUUCUGUUGCGGAAAGUACCAUACAUUCACUUCUUAAGGACUAUUUUUUUCCUGAAUUUAUGCUGGGGAAUUUUUCGUUGUUUGGCAUUUUGGGUUGUUGGAAAACAUCUGCUUUUACGCGUAUGAAGGAUUACGCUGUUUUCUGCUUCCUGAAUACUAGCUCAAAAACAGGGGUGUGCUUUUAUUUUCGCCUAGAUCAAUGGAAAGAAACGGCCGCAGAACGAGAGCAUAUAACUGAGUGGACAAGGCCCUCGGGAUGUUCUUGAUACACCUUUUGAUUUCAGAUUUAUGUCUGCUGAAAGACAAAAUGCGCUGCGCUAAACUUGAAAAUGGAAUUUAAAUGAAGAAGCACCAAAAUUUUUUAGAAUAUAUGGAAUCAAAGCAUUCAUGCUCUAGAGAUCAUUAAGAUGGACAGUAUUAUUUUUGUGCAUUUCGCAGACACGAAUGGACUGUAUUGAUAUCGAAUCGAUUUGUGAUCGUAAGGCGCAGACGGAGCUGGGACAAAGGGCAGGGUGCUCCGGAGAACUUGAAAACCGAAAGAAAGAUCGUGCGGUUGCACGGGGUUUUUACAGAGGCUUAGUGAAGAACUUAGUUGAGAAUGUGUGUUUUUUAAGGGACCUUAACAGUUCGCAUUAAGAUGCAUAGAUGCAUGCGAUAAGAAAAUGUAUAGUUGAUUAUACAAUGAUUGCGUUACUGGACUGAUGUAAAAUGUAGGGAAUCUAAAAUGUAAAAAUCCUGUUCGCACUCAGAGGCGGGUGUAUGAUUCAAAACGAAAUUGAUGAUAUGGGAAAAGUCUGUUUUUUUAAAGUUAAACUUGUGGCCUUUCGCAUUUUAUACUGAUUUAUUGUUUCGACCGCUUUCUGUCAGGCUGGUUUGAGGCAGACUAGGGGCCUGUAGUUAGCAGUGGAGCUCUCUUGAGUCUUUGUUGUGCGUUGCAAUUACAGGUCCUGAGCUAUACCAAACAUGUUUCACUUGCGCACCCACAGACUGUAAUUACACGUAGCCGAAUGCCAGGGUUCAGCAAUUGGCUUUUAUGUGUUAUUAGGAUAUACACCCUGUAGGUACAGUGAGGCAGGUUUACUUCGCGAAAAUUAACAUUACUCUUAAGAUAAUGGCUCCGGUUGUACUCCUGUUUUUACCAUUGUUCCACGCGGAGACAUGAAGCUUUGCCACUAAAGUAUCUCAAUUACUGCCACAAUCCGAGCCGGGCAAAGAAGGGGGGGAAACGGGCAGCCGACCCGCGGAAGGCCAUGUCCGAGACAGUGGUCACAGGUCAGACUUCGGAGGACCUUCUGGCUGACUUUGAGUCCAUUUUGGGAUCGGGAAGUAUUGAGCUGAAUGAGGAUCAGAUUGUCAUUAUCUCCACGCCGGCGCAUGUGGAGAUCCAGCCCGCAGGCUCCAGCGGCGCGGCGGAGAUCCUGCUGUUCGCCACCCCGCAGGGACCUGCCCCGGAGGACGAGCAGCGCCGGCCGGUCCUGGGACGCCCUCCGGUGAAGAGAAAGCUGGACUUGGACAAUGACCACCAGUACGUGUCCGAGAUCCGGCAUCCACCCCGAACCAGGCCUCGUGUGCCGGAGAGAGGCCUGAAGUCCCCCAGUGAGAAAUCUCGCUACGACACUUCCCUGAACCUCACCACCAAGCGCUUCCUGGAGCUCCUGGCCCAGUCCCCCGAUGGUGUGGUCGACCUGAACUGGGCCUCGCAGGUGCUUGAGGUCCAGAAGCGCCGCAUCUAUGACAUCACCAAUGUCCUGGAGGGCAUCAAGCUAAUUUCCAAGAAGUCCAAGAACAACAUUCAGUGGCUGGGCAGCUGUAUGGACGGGGUGUCGUCUGCCCGUUACCAGACUCUGAUGAAGGAGGUGUCGGACCUUGGGCAGUCUGAGGAGAGGCUGGACGAGCUCAUCGCCAAGUGUAGCCUACAGCUCAAGCUCCUCACAGAAGAUCCGCAGAACAAGAAGCUGGCCUAUGUGAUGUGCCAGGACCUGCGGUGCGCUGUGGACUCUGUGGACCAGCUCCUGAUGGUUAUUAGGGCUCCCCCAGAGACCCAGAUGCAGGUCUCCGACCCCUCAGAGGGGUUCCAGAUCUCUCUGAAAAGCACCCAAGGCCCUAUUGAUGUCUUCCUCUGUCCAGAAGACCGCGUUGGAGUUUGCAGCCCAGUGACUGGCAACAGUCCCUCCAAAGCAGCCAGUCAGAUGCCGUCACCUGCCCCUGUGAGCUCUGCAGGCCUCACAGAGCCGCCUCAGAGCAGCAGCUCACAGGAAGUGACAUCAGGCGCUCAGGAAGUGGCUCCCCUGACACUGACAGGUGAAACCGAGACGCUGCUGACUGGAGACGCAUUUCCUCACCUGGGAGCACUGCCUGACUUCGACCUUUCACCCCUGACGUCUUCUGAUUACCUGCUGGAACGGCAUUUUGAGGAGUUCUCCUCACUCCCUUUGGACAGUUUCAUCAACCUGUCGCCCCCGCAGCCUCACAGCUACCACUUCGGGCUUGGGGAGGGAGAGGGCAUCAGUGAACUCUUUGACUGCGACUUUGGGGACCUGACACCUCUGGACUUCUGAAGUCAGCGGGUGACAGAACUGGAUGACAUUAGAGGCAACUGACAUGAUGAGCUGGCAGACCAGCUACUGAAUAUGGUCCAGGGCUCCACUGAUGGCACUUAAUUUAGAAGAUAUAUAGCUUCAUAUGUUUUUUUUAAUUUAUUUAUACAAUAUAUAUUAUAAAUAUUUGUAAUCUUUUCCCUCUUUUAAUUGUGUGUUUCAAAAUAAUUUUAUUUUUAUGCUAUGGCUUUGUUUAAAACAGAGAUGUGGAAUUUAGAAAAGUUAUUUUUUAAAUGAGUUUUGGGUGUUAGCUAUGUUUUAAUGUGUUGUAGAGAAGGAAAUGUUAGAUUAUUUUAGGGUUUUUGACUUCAGAGGUUGGGAAACCCCAACAGUGAGUGGCUAAUUCACUGAUUGUGCUUUCUGUUGUAAGCCUGAAACAGAGGCACUUGGACAAUACUCAGUAUUUUGAUGAUAGAAGGAGGAUAAUUGGAACAGAAAGAUAACAGGUGUGAGAGCUGUGGAUAUAGGAUACAGAAAAGUGGUACAGCCACAGAUCUGUGGUACAGGCUGCCUGCACCAGUUCUUUAAUAAUUGAAUGAAAGUGGUGCGUCGCAACGGCUUCAGAUAUAUUCUGCACUUUGUUACCAAUUUGUUUAUGGGAUUUCUUUGAAGUUGUGGCUGGAGGUCAGAAACCAGGCUAUUUAAAAAAAGAAAAGCACUGCACCUUUUUAUUGCUCUUUAAAAAAUUGUAUUUAUUUUUUUUCAGGGAUCUGACUUCUUGCUAAGGUAUAAAGAAACUGCAAAGAAAAUAUGCUCAUUUGUACAUGCAAGCUUUUCACUACUGAAAUUGUGAUUCAUUUGUCUUUUCUCUGGAAUCCUGCAUUGUCUGAAUUAAGUAGUUUAAAAAGCAGGCAGUUUGAAACUUGCAGAGAUUGAUUCUAAUCAUUCCUGAAUAUAAACCUUCUUGUUAUCUGUU